AUGGACUUCCUCCAGGGCCUCCCUGGGCCUGGAGGCUCUGACUUCUGCUCCUUCACUGACAUGGACUUUAUAGAUCUCUCAGAUUCUGACGAGAUGGCGACCAGCAACAACAAGCCCGAGACCACCAGCGACAAAGACAAACUUCAUCCCGAGGUUCUCAAAAAUCUCGAACUCCACCAGGGCUUCAUGCGUCAAGCAAUCGAGGUUGCCGAAGAAGCUCUUCGUGGAGGCGAAACUCCGGUCGCAUGUGUUCUGGUCCAUGAAGGCGAAGUCGUGGCGCGAGGCAUGAAUGACACCAACCGAUCUCUCAACGGCACGCGGCACGCCGAGUUUCUCGCCAUUGCACAGUUUCUCUCCAAGAUGCCAGCCAGUAAACUCAAGGAGACGGAUCUCUACGUCACGGUUGAACCAUGCAUUAUGUGCGCUUCAGCCUUGAGGCAGUAUGGUAUACGCCGCGUCUUCUUUGGCUGUGGCAAUGAUCGAUUUGGUGGAAAUGGGAGCGUGCUGCCGGUUCAUUCUGACAAGGGUCUUGAGGAGGGCUAUCCAAGCUAUGGAGGAAUAUUCAGAAAGGAAGCCAUCAUGUUGCUUCGUCGGUUCUACAUCCAGGAAAACGAGAAUGCGCCGAAUCCGCGGGCCAAAGGCAAUCGAGAGUUGAAGCAAGUCGUCUGA